UGAUCUUUGCCUUUUUUGUUGAUUAGAUUACGCCACGUGGCAAAGGUCUCCGACAAUCUGUUUCAGUACGCAAUUACGGAAAAACCCCAAAGAGGCAGCGAACGAAAGUUCGAUUCCGAGAAAGUGAGAGAAAAUGACGAAGAGAGCUCCCAAGUCAGGGCCUUUGUCUCCGUCGUGCAGCGGAGGCUCUAGUCGGAACUUAGAGUUGGCUGUGAAGUCAAGUGAAGGUGCAAGGAGGUCUACAAGACUGAGACUUCAGCCUUUGAGAAAGCCAAAGACAAGCCCCAAGAAGAAACCCGUUAAACUCCAAACGAAGAUGCCCAAGAAACCUGCCACUGCUUUCUUCUUUUUCCUGGAUGAUUUCCGGAAGCAAUAUCAAGAGGAGAAUCCAGAUGUCAAGUCCAUGCGCGAGAUUGGGAAGACAUGUGGAGAGAAAUGGAAAACAAUGACUUACGAGGAAAAGGUAAAGUAUUAUGAUAUAGCUACUGAGAAGAGGGAAGAAUUUCACCGAGCAAUGACAGAAUAUACCAAGAGAAUGGAAUCAGGUGCCCACGAUGAAUCAGAGACCGACUCAGACUAUUCUGAAUAGAUUACUUUUUAGUUUCUACCACAUUAGAAACAUUGUUCUAAGCCUUCUAGGAUGGGUUUGUAUAUCGGUGAUAUUUAAGAGUUUCUGUUUCGUUUUUGAGAUCAUUCUUUCACUGAUACUCAUGUUUCUGUGGAUUGCAUUUGGAGAUCAAUGAAUACUAACCAGUUUCUUGAGUGGUUGCCAAAGGGUUUUACUGUUUCUUUUUAUUGUCUCGAUUCUGUUUGAAACAAAAAUUCCAGACUGCAGAGUGACGAAAAAGCUGAUCAAGUUUAGCAAGUACACUUGAGAUUAAUACAGACAAAUUUCCAGGCUGAUACAAAAAAUAGAAUGUAACUCUAACAAGUCGGUCUAGCUAUUUUCUGGAGAGAAGCAUGAGGCAAGACGAAGCCUGCAAGUGAUUGACUUGACCUUCAAUCCUACCAUGGACUGUCUGAAGCCUAUCUUUGUAUUCAUUGAGUUCAUCGAGGGUAAGCGUCUCAAUGGACUCCUUGAAUCUCUCAUCCCCAGCAGAUUCAAGCUUCUCCUGACUCUUCUCGCCUCGUUCCUUCUCAGCUUCAACCUCUUGGUUGAGCAAAUCGAGACGUUCACUCAGCCUCUUCAGUUUAGGCCUGUAAUUACCACUUUUUUCUUCAUCGCCACUGUCUGAAUCAUCAUAUUCUCUCAUGAAUCGCUCUGCAACAGAAUCAAGAUUCGGUUUCCCGUAGGAGAAAGGCUUGCCUCCUGGUGAAAAGACAACGAUGCCCAACUCAGCGUUGCAGAGCGUGGCUAACUCGCUCGCCUUCUUGAACAAACCAGUCCUCCGUUUUGAAAAGGUAACCUGUCGUGUGUUCAUGUCCUGAACCAUCUCCAUCUUGAUCUUUCUCCGACCCAUUUGUUUGCUAAAACGGUACGAAUAAGAGAGAACCUCUCGUUUUUUUUUGCUGUGAAAGUGAAUAUGUUGGUGAAGAAGAAGAUUUUGGUGUUGUAUGUCUCUGUUUUUAGUAAUGGAGAUGGAGGUAGAGAAUUUUCAUUGAACCUAACGAGGGUCAUAUAUAGUAAUGGAGGUGGAGAAUCACAAGGGUGCAGAUUUAGCAAGUUUUUAAUUGAAAAUCUUGAAUUGCCUUAUAUGGGCGUUGAAUAGUUUCUAAUUGUGUGUAUUCAAACAUCCAUGAAUAUUUAAAUUUUCAUUUUUCUUUUUUCUAUUGAAUAGUUUCUAAUUGUGU